AUGCAGUCAGUUCCCUCCGAAACAGAGCUUUCUGCUUCUUUUGACCCGGACGAACAUCGUCGUCUGGCAUUUGAGCGCAUCGAGAAUGCCCGCUCUGGCUGGCAUCAUCUACGCGCCGUUGUUGUCGCGGGCGUGGGUUUCUUCACCGAUGCCUACGAUAUCUUCGCUAUCAACCUCUGUGUGAGCAUGCUAGGUGUCGUCUACUGGCAAGAUGCAAAGCAUAAUCCCGGCAAACUCCCCACAAACUCCGACACGGCCCUCAAAGUCUCGACCUCCGGUGGCACCGUCAUCGGCCAGUUGCUCUUUGGCUAUCUCGCCGACCGUUAUGGCCGCAAGCGAAUGUACGGCAUCGAGUUGAUCAUCAUCAUCUUCGCUACUCUGGCUCAGUCCCUCUCAGCUGCCUCCCCGGCCGUCUCCAUCACCGGCGUUCUCAUCUUCUGGCGAGUCGUCAUGGGCAUUGGAAUUGGUGGAGACUACCCUCUUUCUUCCAUCAUUACGUCCGAAUUCGCCAAUGCCAAAUGGCGUGGCGCCAUGAUGGGUUCGGUCUUCGCUAUGCAAGGCAUCGGCCAGUUCGCUGCAGCCAUAAUCGCCCUAAUCGUGACCGCCGGCUUUCAAAAAUCUCUCGAAUCUGCCAAGGAUGUCGCACACUGCUCGGGGGUCUGCCUGCUCGCUGUCGACAAGAUGUGGCGUACUAUCAUUGGCAUGGGUGCAGUGCCCGGAUUGAUCGCUCUGUACUUCCGACUGACAAUCCCCGAGUCUCCUCGUUACACCCUGGAAGUUUCGCGUGACCCUGUCAAGGCAGAAGCCGACAUUCAGGCCUAUAUCAAGGGAUUUCGUGAGGGUAGCCCUGAUGAGAUGCAGCGUAUCCAAGUCCAGCGCAAUGACCGCAUAGAAGCCAUCACCAAAGCGAGCUGGAAGGACUUUGCGCACCAUUACUGGAACUGGAAGAAUGGCCGGACUCUCCUGGGAACUGCUGGUUCCUGGUUUUUUCUGGACGUUGCAUUCUACGGUCUCGGCCUCAACAACUCGAUCAUUCUCGGUGCUAUCGGCUGGACAGGCGGGGAGAAUGUCUACCAAAUCUUCUACCGAAACGCCGUCGGCAAUCUGAUCCUCAUCUGCGCCGGCGCCAUCCCGGGGUACUGGGUUACCGUUGCGACAGUUGACACAAUCGGCCGCAAGCCGAUCCAGAUCGGCGGUUUCAGCAUUUUAACGAUCCUCUUCAUCGCCAUCGGCUUCGGCUUUAACAAACUGAAGCAUUCCCACAACGGCCUGUUAGCACUCUACGUGAUCGCGCAAUUCUUCUUCAACUUCGGACCUAACGCGACGACUUUCAUCGUUCCGGGCGAAUGCUUCCCAACCCGAUACCGCUCCACAUCGCACGGGUUCAGCGCUGCGGCAGGCAAAGUCGGCGCUAUUAUUGCGCAGUGUGUGUUUGGGCCGUUGGUGCAUCGUGGGGCGAAGAAAGAUUCCUCCGAUUCGCCGUGGUUGAAUCAUGUCAUGCAGAUCUUCGCUCUGUUCAUGUUUUGCGGGAUCUUCACUUCGUUUUUAAUCCCCGAAACCAAGCGGAAGACGUUGGAGGAGUUGUCUGGGGAGAUUCGUCCUCUUUCUCGGCCCCAGCUGGCGGGUGUGCAGGAUGGUGCGAGGAACGAGGAUGCGGAGAAGGGGAAUGUGAAUGUGAAUGCCCCGAAUCUGAAUACCCUGGAUGGGGAUGGCAAUCGCAAUGAGAAUUGGAAUGAGCUAGUGUGA